AUGCUGCAGUCGUUCUUUAAAUCGAGAGCAACAUAUGCUAUAUCAGCUGUUAGAGCAGUUCCGGUCACUUGUGCAAACAUACGUGCUUAUAAAACACGCAUUCAACGGUUAUAUGACGAUGGAAUAGAUUUGAAACAACAAUCAAUUGAAAUUAAUCCAGUCGAACAUACUCGUCGAUGUGCAUUCUAUAAAGAUGUUGAUAUGUGGACAUUCUAUAAGACAACAUGUCCCAACGUACGAACACUUGGUGAUGCCUUGUAUGAAGGUUAUGUUGUUUCAGAAGACGGUCCUUGUGUGGGCUUUUUUCAACCGUCGAACAGUACAGAGUCAUUACAAUGGCUGUCCUAUUCGAUGGUAUUGGAACGAAGUCGUUUCAUCGGUUCACAUCUAUGGACGGUUACAAGACUUAUACCGAUGCAGUCAAAAGUGGCCAUCAUUUCAUCGAAUCGACCUGAAUAUCUAUUUGUCGAGUAUGCCUGUUAUAUGUAUGGAUUUAUUACCGUUAGUCUCUAUACAAGCUACGACCCCGCAACCAUUUUAAGCGUACUUCGCAGGACUCAAACAGAAGUGCUUAUUGUCGAUAGCUUAGAACGUAUUCAAUCGUUUCAGAAUGAGUUGUUGGAGAACGAGCAAAUUAAAGAGAUACUCGUCAUGGAUGAGGUGAUCUGUGAUGAGAAGAGCAAAAUUCGAAAUAUUCCAUCGAUUUUCAAGACGAUGAAGAAAGCCGAUGUACGUCAACGGCCGACAGUCGAUCCAGACAAUAUUGCCACCUUUAUAAUGACAAGUGGAACAACAGGCGAGCCCAAAAUUGCCAUGCUAUCGCAUGAGAAUCUUUUGGCAACGGCAAAAGGUAAUGCUAUUCGUCUGGAACGAGCUAAUUUGACGAGAUCUGUUACUAUUCGACAUUGUUCAUUUUUACCUAUGGCUCAUAUAUACGAGCGAUUCAUACUCUUGGGAAUCCUUCUACGCGGCACUCAAGUUGUAUUUUGUCCGGCGCCUGAAAAACUAGUUGAGUACUUUUCAAUUGUGAAACCAACUCAAGUUUCUGUUGUGCCUCGUAUUCUCAACAAAAUUUACGAUACGGUCAUGGCCGAAGUAAACAAGAGUAAAGUGAAGCAAUUUCUUGUCCAACAAGCAUUGCGUAGUGAAGAAUCGUGGUUUUUAUCACGGUACAUCUUUCGUAAAGUCAAAAAAUUAUUCGGCGGUGAAGUAAAGGCAAUGAUAACCGGAGCGGCACCAAUCGCGCCCGAUGUAAUGCAUUUUUUUCGCAUCGCACUAGAUAUACCUAUUAUGGAGGGAUAUGGACAAACAGAAUCAGCAGGUGCUGGUACAAGCACUCAUCCUGCCGAUAUGUCAUAUGGCACAAUUGGCUCACCCGUAGCCACCGUCGAAAUCAAAUUUAUCGAUGUACCAGACACGAACUAUCGAAGUGAGAUGAAUCAAGGAGAAGUCUGCAUUCGAGGGCCGAAUAUUUUUAAAGGCUACUAUGAUGAUGAAGCAAAGACACGUGAGACAAUUGACGAAGAAGGCUGGCUGCAUACAGGUGAUGUUGGAGAAUGGACAAGCAAUGGAGCAUUGCGCAUUAUUGAUCGUACAAAACACAUUUUUAAAUUGAAUCAAGGCAAGUAUAUCGCACCGGAACGGCUCGAAGAUGUGUAUAUUCGUUCUCGAUGGGUCGCACAAAUCUUUAUCGAUGGUAUUUCAAGCGAAGCAACAGUAGUAGCUAUUGUUAUACCAGACGAAGAGUAUGUAAGAAAGAAUUUCAAAUCAGCAGCAGUAGCAACAGCAUUCGCCGAUCUGUGCCAGGAAGAAAAGCUGAAAGCGAUCAUUUUAUCCGAUUUGAUUCGAUUGGCCAAAGAGUACAAGUUUAAAUAUUAUGAAACUAUGAGCAAUAUCUAUCUUCAUGACGAGCCAUUCUCACAAAAGAACGGCCUUCUCACAGUAACACUCAAAACAAGAAGAGCGAAUGCUCGAAAGCACUUUCAGACAAUCAUCAAAUCGUUGUAUAAUGUUGGCGAAACGGCGACAAGCAAUGUAUAA